GCCGCCACCGCCGAGCCAGAGAGAUUGCGGUGCAGUGAUCCUAUGAUUCAGUGAAUCCCCGGCUCGACUCUCGACGUCGAAUCUUCCCGAGCGGAGUAUAUCUCUCAGGUUGAGAACAUCAGCGAGACAGGAUCAUCGUUCGAACCGCGGACCGCCACGAUACCGUGAGAAACCAUGGCCGGAUAUUUGGCGAUCCCCCUGAAGAAGACUUCUGAAGUGGACCUGAUCAAGCCACUGACUAACAUCUUCUCCGGUAUGUACACCGGAUCGAAUGAGAAAGAAGAGUACACCGCUGCGUUGACACGGCUGAACUCGAUGAGGAAAAGUGCUACCUGGAAAACGUUAGACAAACAUCAGGCCUCUGUCGAUGCGAUGGCCACAUAUUACGAUCAACUGUGUGCCCUCGAGAGCAAAAUUCCUGUGCAGGACGUUCAAGUUCAUUUCAAAUGGAAAGACGCCUUCAACAAGGGAGGCUUCUUCGGCUCCUCGAUCAGCCUGACAUUGAUGUGCUUAGGCUACGAGAAGAGCUGCAUUCUGUUCAAUUACGGUGCCAUGCUGAGCCAGAUCGCCGCUGGUCACGGAGCCGAUAUCUCGGACGAUGAGAGUCUGAAGACUUCAACGAAGUACUUCCAAAUGGCCGCCGGGGUCUACCACCACCUGAGGACCUUCGCCCAGACCGUGACUCAGGAGAGCCUCACGGCGGACCUGCAUCCGGACACCCUGACCGUGCUGUACACGAUCUGCCUGGCCCAAGCCCAGGAGGGUUUCUAUCACAAGGCGACUAAGGAUGGGAAGAAAGACAGUCUCCUAGCCCAAGUUGCUAGUCAAUGCGAAGAUCUCUACGCCGACGCGUUGAAGCUGAUGUCUCGAGACCACCUUCGAUGCAUCUUCGAGAAGGACUGGUUCACCGUACUCGGCAUCAAGGAGCACGCUUUCAAAGCUGUCACGCACUAUCACAAGGCAUUACAGGCUCGAGCCGACAAGGAGGUCGGGGAAGAACUCGCGAGACUGCAAGUCGCACUGGAGAACUUCAGAGUCGUGCAGACGAAAAUGCAACAGAACACCACCGUUCCUCUCGGCGAUCAUUUCCUGGAAAUGUUGAGGAAGGCCAAUCGCUACUACGAGGACACGAAGAAAGAUAACGAUUUCAUCUAUCACGCCCGGAUUCCCGAGAUCAAGCAGCUGGGAACGAUCAGGCCGGCCGCAGUGGCCAAGGCGAUCGCUCUCAGCUCACCCCUGAUGCCGGUAGAGAAACGAGAAAAUCUCUUCGACGCGCUCCUUCCGAUAUCCGUUUCGCAAGGAUGUCAGAAGGUAGAGUUCCGUCGAAGUGAACUCGUCACCGUAGAGUUGAGCAAACUGAAACAGGCAACUCAGGUUCUGAACGGUGUGCUGGCUUCUUUGAAUCUACCCGCAGCCAUCGAAGACGUGGCAGGUGGAGCGCAGCUACCGCCCAGUAUCCAACGCAAAGCGCAGGAGGUCAAGGACAAAGGAGGUCUGAAAGCUCUCGAGGCGAAGAUGAACGAGUUGGGUCCUCAAUUGCAGCGGAAUCGUGAGAUCGUCGAAGAGUCGAAGAACAUGCUGGACGACGAAGAGAGAUCAGAUCAGAACCUGAAGAACCAAUUCAAGGAGAAAUGGACUCGCCUGCCCUCGUCAAAUCUCAACCAACCCAUGCGAGAAACUCUCAAAAAGUACACCAGCAUCAUCGACAAAGCUGUCGCCGCGGAUAAAGUCGUUCAGCAGAAAUUCCAAGCCCAUCGCUACGCCAUGGUUCUUCUCGGAGGAUCGGAGAGCGAGCUCAGUGGCAACAUCCCGCAAGGCCCCGUGGCCUCCGCGGGCAACGCUCCUGAAACGGCGACUCUGAAGACUUUGAUGCAGCAAGUCGAGAAACUCGGCAACGAGCGCGAGGUUCUCGAGCACGAGAUCAAAUCAACGACGCUCGACAUGAAGGAUCAGUUCCUGCAAGCCCUCGCCGCCGACGGUGCGAUCAACGAAACAGCAAUGACCGCAGAGGCGAUCGGCCGGGCUUUCGGUCCUCUCCAAGAGCGGGUGAAGGAGUCCCUUGAAACUCAGGAGACUCUGAUCGUUCAGAUCCAGAGCGCGCAUCAGGAGUUCAUGAAACGCAACGGCGGAGGCGGUGACAAGCGUGAAGACGUCCUAAAGAAUCUUGCUGCUGCGCACAGCGCCUUCACUGAAAUCAUGGGAAAUCUAGACGAAGGUCUCAAGUUCUACGGGGAGCUCACCAUCCUACUUCUCAACCACCAAACAAAGAUCAACGAUUUCUGCUUCGCUCGGAAAACUGAGAAGGAAGAGCUGGUCAAAGAUUUGACGAAAUCUCUGGCUGGGGCGGCCUCGUUGCCCGCAGGGUCAGCUGUUCCAUCUCAGCCUCCCACGUACCAGACCAAUGCACCUCCGACGGCACCUUCGACUACCACACAUGAAGCACCUGCACAGUCGAACCCAAGCGUACCCUUGCCAUACCCUCAGCAACCGCAGGGAAUGCCGCAACCCUUUUACGCCUAUCCGUCGUACCCGAUGUAUCAGGUGCCAAUGCCGGGGGGCUACAAUCCGUAUGCCAUGCCUCCCGGUUAUCAGCCACCGUACAACGCGCAGCAACCACCAUAUAUGCAAUACCCAGGACAGUAUCAUCCACCGCCGCCUCCCCAGUGAGAGCGGGAAUCGAUUUCGUCGCGAUUAUGACAAUUUAUCUUGGUUUCCACGUUUACCCACCCCUAAGUUAAGACUUGGACGAAGAAUAAAACGAGAAGAAGCUUGGGAGAGU